ACAAUAACCAAAUGCAAAAGAGCAACACACCUAGAAAGGAAUGGAGUCUGAGAUAACGAUGCUGGAACUCCAAAGAAAUUCAACAAACUGGGCAAAUAUUGUGGAUGAAAUUGUAAAAAUAGAGAAAAAAAUAUUCCCAAAGCACGAAUCACUGGCUCGGUCAUUCGAUGAAGAGCUCAAAAAGAAAAAUUCUGGGUUGCUUUAUAUUCUGCUCAAUACUGAAGUUAUCGGCUAUGUUAUGUAUUCUUGGCCUUCUUCGUUGUGUGCAUCUAUCACCAAGCUUGCAGUGAAGGGCAAUUACAGGAGGCAAGGCCAUGGAGAGGCGUUGCUAAAAGCAGCAAUUGAGAAAUGCAGAACAAGAAAGGUUCAACGCAUAUCGCUGCACGUUGAUCCAUUGAGGACUUCAGCCGUUAGUCUAUACAAGAAAUUCGGAUUUCAGGUUGAUAAUUUGAUUCGAAGUUAUUACUCUUCGGAUCGUAAUGCCUAUAGAAUGUACUUGGAUUUUGAUUCUUGAUUAGUUUGAGCUCAAUUAGAGCCUAUAUUAAACAUGUUAAUGUAGAAGUCCAUGUCAUUAAUUUCCAGUUUCUUUGUUGGUGUGUAAUACACAGAGUUCAUUAUAUAUCUCUUUUACAUGAA